AUGUCAGCCUACGGCACUUACUACUACUCGCUGCCCACCGAGGCACCCAAGCGCUCAAGAUCAGGCAGUCGUCGCCCUGCUCUGUCUCCUUCGACAGUCUCUUCGCCUUGCAUCACAACACAUGCUCCCAUUGCGUCUCGACGGGACUCUGCUGGAUCAGCAACUUCAUCAAGCAGCCCAACCAAGGCGUCUGUUCUGCUCGCAAAGGUAGCCUCCUCGCCUUCGACGCCACGAGGCGAGAUGCCCUCGCCAAUGGCUUCUCCCGAAACCAGGAUGCACUCGGGCUACUCCGCGGAGCGACCUGUAGUGUGCAGGAGCGAGAGCGACCGUUACGUGACCCAGUACAGGCAACAGGAUGGUUACAUAAGCUUCCCUGACUACGAGAAGUUCUGCCAGAGUCAAUACGACCAGCACCACACUGCUGUCAGGACUUGA